AUGGAUUCAGACACACUGCAGGUCUUCCAGAGGGAACUCACCUGCUCCAUCUGCAUGAACUGCUUCCUGGACCCCAUCACCAUAGACUGUGGGCACAGCUUCUGCCGUCCUUGUCUGAGCCUUGGCUGGGAAGAAGGCCAGACUCCAAGGAGCUGCCCUGAGUGCAGGAGAAUAGCAGAGAGGCCCGAUUUCAAAACCAAUAUUGUCCUCAAGAGGCUGGCUUCCCUUGCCAGACAGGCCAGAGCUGACCACGACCACAGCUCUGAGGAGCAGAUCUGUGUGACACACCAGGAAGCCAAAGGCCUCUUCUGUGAGGCUGACCAGACCCUGCUCUGUGGGCCCUGCUCUGAACGCCCCGAGCACGCAGCUCACAGCCACAGUCCAAUACCCAAGGCUGCUGAGGAGUCCCGGGAGAAACUUAUGAAGAGAAUGAGAACUUUAUGGAAACUGAGAGAAGAAAUGAAAAUCAGUCUGAAUCAGGAAGCUAAUAAAACUCAGUCAUUUGAGAAUUAUGUGGCCUUAAGGAAGGCCAUGAUUACAGUUCAAUAUCAGAGGAUACCUCUGUUGCUUCAUGAGGACAAGAAACUUCAUCUGGAGGCCCUGGAGCAAGAAGCCAAGGAGAUUUGUCAACAACUCAAGGAGAGUGUGUUCAAAAUGACUCAACAGGGAGAAAUUCUGAGAGAAAUGUACAGAGAGCUGACGGAGAUGUGCCACAAGCCAGACAUGGAACUGCUCCAGUCCUUGGGAAGUGUCCCUUGUUGCAGGAGUGAGUCAGUGCAGCUGCACCUGCCCCAGCCUGUAGUUCCUGAGCUCAGUGUGUGGCCCAUGCCUGGACUCAUAGACUGGCUCAGACAAUUCCAAGUGUACAUUGAGUUGCAUAAUGAAAGAGUCACUCAUCACUUCCCUGUGUUUGAAGAUCUGAGGUGUCUGCUGGCUGGUCCUGAUGGUCCUGAUGUCAACUACACUCCACUGAGAUCUAAAUAUUUUCUUGCCUGGGGAGCUGAGUCAUUCACUUCUGGUCAGCACUACUGGGAGGUGGAUGUGGCGGGCUGUUGCAACUGGGCCAUUGGACUUUGUAAUGACUCCUGGGCAAGGGAAAGUGACCUGGCCCUUGAUUCCAAGGGGAUUUUUCUACUUCUUUGUAUCAAAGAAAACAGUCAGUACAGUCUCUUUACCUCAUCCCCACUGUUACCUCAAUAUGUCAAAAAGCCUCUGGGCCAGGUGGGGAUGUUCCUGGAUUAUGAUGGUGGAAUCCUGAGCUUUUUCAAUGUGGCCAAUAGUUCCCUCAUCUGUAGUUUCCUCUACUGCUCCUUCUCAUCACCACUCAAACCAUUUCUUUGCUCUAGAUACCCAUGA